UGAUGACUCAAAGGCAACAACAAAACACAAGACCAAGGGUAAAAAGGGAAAAGUAAAAAAGAGAGAAUGGUGGACCAAUAGUAAACUUGUGCGAGGAUCGUCCUUUAAUGCUCAAAAGCUCUCUUUAACUUUCCUCAGCAUCUCACUUUUCUUUUUACGCUGCUCUCUCUCUCUAAAAACCAAGAAACCUCUAAAUUAGAGUACAGAGAUAAGGUUUGUUCACUCUUUUAGUUCACUUUUAGUGUUGACACAACAAUGGUGAGUUCCUCAACGACGAUCUCUGCUUCUACUGCAUCAAAGUCUCGAUCUCUUACUCCCCAAAGGAAGAUUACCCUCAAGGUCAAGACCCAACAGGAUGGAAGAGAGGAUGUUUAUAAGAUUGGUUAUAAUGCACAUAUGAAGAAACUGAUGGAUGCAUGCUGCACCAAGAGAAACUUUGAGAAAGACACUGUCAGAUUCAUCUUCGGUCGUAAAGAGCUCAAGCCACGACAAACUCCUGCUCAGCUGAUGAUGGAAGAAGGAGAUAUCAUUGAUCUUGUCACCGAACAAGGUGGUGGCUAAUCUCGCCGGAACAAGGAAGAUAUUUUUAGGCCUUUUUUAGUUUAAAAGACUUUUUAAACUAUUAAACAAUUUCAUUAUUAGACUUGUAAUUUCUGGUUUGUAGUUGCUGUUGCAUCUUAUUAUCUGAAACGUUGUUGUCCGGUUGAUUUUAGUUCGUAUUGUCGAGGAAAUUAAUAACAGUCAGUUUUCUCUAUC